UCACGAGCAGCCCUUUUGAAAUCCCAACAAUGUACCCGGCCUUUUUUUUUUUUUUUUUGCCCUAGUAGCCUAGCUUCCGAAUGAAACAUACAACGUGGAGUUGCUGUGAUUUACUAACUACUUCGUCAGCAUUUUCUGGCGAGCCGGUGACCGUUCUGGUGAUUGGGCUAAAAAUAUCACGUGAGCUAACAUUAGCUAGCGGCUGAUUUCCAAGGCGCAUCACAAAAUGGCGGAGGCGGUGGUCAACGUGGCCCGGAGGGUCAACGCAACCGUUGAGGAAGGACGAGAUCACCUGGGUAAGCACAGAGACCUGUCCAACUGCAAGCUCAUCUCCUUCCCAGACGGCGUUUUCAAGGUUCUCAGCAGCGUGUCGGAGAACAUCCGGGUCAUUACCCUGGCGGACAAUGAGAUGAAGGCCAUUUCCAGCAAGUUCUUUUCGACCUUCACACAGCUGAGAGAGUUGGACCUGCACGGAAACGUUCUGACCAAACUGCCCGACUGUUUGGAGGAAAUGAAGCACUUGACCAGCAUCGACCUGGCCAAUAACAACUUCUCCGCGUUCCCCGAGAAGCUCACGCAAAUAGCCACACUGGAGCGCAUCAACCUGGAGGGCAACAACAUCACUGAAAUCCCGGUGGACAAGCUGUCCGCCAUGCCCGCGCUCAAGUGGCUCAACGUGAUGGCCAACCCUCUGGACGCAAACACGCAAUCUGCUCUGACUUCAACGCGCAACUUUGAGAUUUUAUCGCAAAGGGAGUCGUAGUCAUGUGAUGCGCUGCGUGCCGCGUGCCUUGAAAAACUCCCUUUGAUACUUUGGCCUGCUUGGAAACGAGCUUGUCCUUUGUAUAUGAAGAUGGCCGACUGCUGCCGCACCAAACAACAACGCCGCAUGGCACCCUCAACACCGGCAUGAAUCAACAAAAAAACAUCUCGGGUGGGAUAUUUCUCAUCGCUAAUUUAUUACUUUGGUUUUAUAAAGGUAUUUCUUCCUCCAA